UUUCUGUGAUGGAGUUGCGCCCUGUCCGGAAUUGUUUCUGAUGAUUGCUCGGAGAGGCUUCAGCUUCCGGGCGAUCGUGUUCUGGGCAUAAGCGGCUUAAAGAAGACGCAUGGAUGAGUUUAAAUACAGAUGAACCCGCAAAUAUCUCGAGAAAACACUAAGCGGACUGCAUUUCAAUCAGCGAAUUUCUCCAGCAGGCGUGGAAAUUAUGCAUAAACCGAAUUCCUGGUUUCAUGUAGAUGAUGUUCAGGGAUAAAUUACUAAAGAUAAAGUAGUAAAGACUGUGACUACUACUAACUUUAAAACUCUUCUUACGAACAUCAAACACCAGUUUUUAAUCACUCCAGCUGUCAUCCCACGACGAGUACCUGGCUGCAGGAGGGGCCUGACAGCUACUGUUCCAAUAACUCUCGCCGCCAAGUCACGUGACGGGACGUCACCUUACGUCACUGUUGCUAUUUGGUCCGUCUCAUUUGGUCGCAGCCCGGGAAGAAUGAGGAAGGACGAACGGCAGUAGUUGCAGAGAUCUGGAAACAUGGCUGCUUUCGAAAAUAUCCCUCUGGUACAUGAUGAGUGCUGGGAAGAAUGGAUGUCGCUGCUUCCUCAAGAUCUUUGGGAUGUUCCUCUCUAUAAUCUUGCAAUCCCUGGUAGCCAUGAUGCUAUGAGCUACUGCUUGGAUUUAAACUCGCCAAUUGUCACAUCAGAGUCUUGGAUCUUAAAGAUGGCAGAUCACGCCUUUCCCUGUAUAAUGCGGCCAGUCAUUUUUAAAUGGGCAACCACUCAGGAGGUUGAUAUUGUGGAGCAAUUGAAGGCAGGCAUCCGCUACUUUGAUUUAAGAAUCGCACACCGGCCUAAGGAUGGCUCUCAGGAUCUUUACUAUACACAUGUACUUUUCACAGUAGUCACUGUCUUGGAAGCUCUACAAGAGAUCAACCUGUGGCUAGAGAAUCACAAGCGAGAGAUAAUCAUUUUAGCUUGCAGUCAUUUUGAAGGCAUGACGGAGAGCCUCCACGAACAUCUCAUUUCAUCACUGAAGUAUAUCUUUGGAAGCAAGCUUUGUCCAAUUAUGGAGGAUAUAACUCUGAGAAAUCUGUGGAAGAUGGGUCAUCAGGUUAUUGUUUCAUAUGAAGAUCCAGCAGCUCAGAAACAUCGGGAGAUGUGGCCCAAAAUCCCAUACUGGUGGGCAGACAGUGAGGAUCCAAAUAUUCUAGUGCACUAUUUGGAAAAGAAGAAAGAAUCACGAAACCCAGGUUUUUUUUGUGUUGCCGGUCUGAACCUUACAGCAAGCUACAACUACAUUACCAUUCAUCCAUCUCUUUCACUGAAGAAACUCACUCUAAAGUGCUCGUCAUGCCUUAUGGACUGGGUUCAGCAGCAGACCCCGGGAGAGGCACAUGGCUGCCUUAAUAUUUUUGCAGGUGACUUUGUCACUUCUGGGAAGUUCAUUUCAGAUGUCAUUACCCUUAAUAAAAAACUGUCACAGAGAACAUACUGACUGCCAGGACACCACUCCACACUUAACGUCUUGCACUUCAGAAGCUGGUCAUGCUGUACUUAUUUAUCUAUGGAGCAAAGCAGAUUGUCUGACCUGUAGAUCACACAAAGACAAAGUGACCGUUUACCAAGUACUUAUAAUUCACUAUUUAUAGAAAGAUUUUAUACUGUUUUUUUCUAAUUUACAGUACUUCUCCAUAUCUAAACACAUCUCUGAGUUAAAUGUUAUGAAUCUCCACUCUCUGAAUGAACGCUUGUGACUUUACACUUUAACUCUGACAUCUCCCUUUCACUGCCUCUUCAAGUUGUAGUCUGGUAACAAGAAAUUCCUGACCGGUGAGGAAUCAGAAAGUAUUCAUUGCCUUUCAACUUUUAUUUGACACUAGUUUUCUUUAAAUAUUUGUGUUACUUUAUUAUUAUUUAUGGGUUGCAUGUUUUUAUUGUUUGGUACUUUUUUUUUUUUUUACAGUGGUCUCUAUUUCCUAAUUUUGUAUUUUUUUUUUUUUGUAAAAUGUAAAGACUCCUUAACUAAUCCUGCGCAGCUUCCUCCAAGUGUAAUGUUCAGAAGUACCAUCAAGGUACUUAAAACACUAGAUGCAGUAUUGUUGCAAUUUGUUUUUAAUAACAUACCUUUAUUAUUUUUAACGCAAGGUGGCUUUAGUGUUUGUCUGUAUUACAAUUUUGUAAAUAUAUUGUUCAAGGGGGAAAAUUUAAUGACAAAAAUAUACAAAUACGCCACAGGCAUUGUGCAGUUUCUCUGUGUGAUGUCUAAUAAUAAAUUAUAUUUAUUUUAC